ACCCACGCCUCACACUCGCACGGCUACACUAGCUGGGACACUCCCAAAAACCCUCGUCCUCUCCCCUGCCGUUUCCACCGCCGGGACGAGAUGCCGACCACGCCGUCGCCCGGCGACCUCCCCGGCCGCAGGCCCCGCCGCCUGAUCAUCGACGACGUCGACGACGACGACGGCCACCGCGCGCCGGAGGUCGCCGCGGCCGGGAGCCAGCGCGUCGAGGCGGAAAGCGCCCAGGAUUUGGUGCCAAACCCGCUCGCGCCCUUGUCCUCUUCGCAGCCGGCGGCUGCACCGGCUACCGGCGCCAAGCCCGCCGAGAUCAUCGAGAUCGACGACGACGACCGCGUGCCGGAGGUCGCCACGGUCGGGAGCCAGCGCGUCGAGGCGGAAAGCGCCGGGGAUUUGUUGCGAAACCCGCUCGCGCCCUCGUCCUCUUCGCAGCGGGCGGAUGCACUGGGCACCGGCGUCCAGCCCGCCGAGAUCAUCGAGAUCUCCGACGACGACGGAGAAGAAGAAGAUGUCGGCGAGACCGGGGGACCAGUCAAGAAGGAGCCUGUCGAUGACAUCGACUGGCCCUCUCUCCUCUUGUCAAGCGAGGAGGAGAAGGAGGCCCCGAGGUCUGACGAGAGUACGAGCAGCGGCGGCCCCGAUGGAACGAGCAACGGAAUUGAGACGAGUCGACGAGAGGGUGCCUCUGACGAUGGCGAGGAGGAGCGGGAGGAGGAAGUGGGGAUGCCGGAUCCAGAGGAUAAGGACGGUGCAGAGGACGGGCAUGAGGAAGAAGAUAAAGAGGAGGAAGAGGAAGAUAAAGAGGAAGAUGAAUGGGAGCAGGAAGAAGAGGAGGAGUCGGAGGAAUCGGAAGAAGAUUCCGAGGAACCUGAGGCAGAGGAAGAACCGGGCCGUCGCGUGCUUAGCGAUGCCAGGCUCGCCGGUCGGUACACGGGGCCGUGGCCGGGCGGCGAGAUCUUCCCCAAGCGGAAGUUUGAAGGGUGGUACAUCACCAAGAUGGCGGACACCGGCUCUCCUGGCGGCACCGUCGCGUCGCGGCUGCGGUCAAAGCGGAGAUGCCCCGACGCGAAGCUGCUCCGGCAAGCCACCCGCAGAAAGCCGUACUGCGUCGACACGCCGUCGCAGUCCAGCUCGGAUGCAGAGGAGGACGAGAAAGACAAACCACCGCCUCAUCCAGCGCGGUCGUCCAGUGACGAGGGCGGCCGCGGGCAUGGCAGGACGGGGAUAAGGCGCCCACGGCGCAGAGGACAAAACGCCGAUGAUGACUCUGACGAAGAUGGCAGAACGGCGACGAGGCGGCGCCGAGGACAAAACGCUGCCCACAGCGAUGAAGACUUCGAGGAACCCGGCGGAAUGGCCGCCGCGAGGAGAAGGGAGAAGCAGCGCAUGGAAGAAGAUGAUGAUGCUGCUGACGGCGGCGAUGAGGCUGAUGAGCAGGGAGCUUCCUGGAGGGCAAAGAAAGAAGGAGCGGCGUCCUGCCGGCAGGCGGCCGGCCGCAAGUGCAAGGACUUCCCCGCAGAGGGAUGGGAGCAGCAGGGCGAUGUCACCUUCAAGAAGAGCUCGCUGGUUCCUCCGAGGCGGCAGGACGGGCGAGACCAAGAGACUUACGACGAUCUGCUCUACUCCAUUUUCGAGGGAAUCGAGACCACUCUUCAGAACGCCUCUCUUCCUCUGGACGCCCCUGUUCCUGCACCAGAGCAGGGAGGCGAUCCGUUUCCUCUGGUGUUCUCCUUCGGGGUUGUAGAUGAGGUGGUGCCGGAGAAGACUGCUCUGGACGACCUGUGGGCACAACGUGACUUGGCCUUGGACUUGGAGGCCGAAUCCAACAAGGUUUCUUCUCACACUUGCCACAAGGACGAGGAGAGCGAUGAGCAUGAAAUUCCUGCACAUGGAGGGACUUUUUGCAAGCGAGGGAAGCAUGAUCUCUUUCAUGAUGAUCAAAUCGGCAUUCGAUGCCGAAAAUGCGAUUACAUCGAAAUCGAAAUUAGACACGUAUUUCCAUCCAUGGCCAAGGAAUCGACGGAUAGGGAGCCAGCAGCGGAGCAUGAUAGGCUUGACAUGUUCGUUGAUGACAUCCUGAAAUCAGUUGGAUAUGAAGGGGCAAGCAACGUGGGGUUGGCAAGUGACAAAACUGGCGUCGUCUGGGAUCUCAUUCCUGGGGUACGGGAAGACAUGUUCCCACACCAGCGGGAAGGGUUUGAGUUCAUGUGGAGAAAACUUGCAGGAGGGAUCGACAUUGAGCAGCUGAGGCACACCAUGAACACUGACACCACAAGUGGCUGUGUGAUCUCUCAUGCCCCGGGGACCGGCAAGACCAGGCUAGCAAUCACAUUCGUGCAAUCUUACCUGGAGCUCUUCCCGCACUGCAGGCCAGUUAUCAUUGCCCCCAGGGGUAUGCUGGCUACAUGGGAGCAGGAGUUCAGUAAAUGGAAUGUCAAGCUCCCGUUCCAUGUCCUCAGUUCCAGUGAGAUCCAGUGGAAUCAAGACAAGACCAUCCAUAAACUGGUCUCCAAGGAUCAUGGUCUGGGCCAGAAGCUGGCCAUGAAGAAACUGAGCCAGAAAUCCAAGAUGAUGCUGAAGCUGGCAUCAUGGUAUGAAGGGAGCAGCAUCAUCGGUCUAAGCUAUUCGCUCUACAGGAAUCUUGCCAAGGGCGAAGGCAAGGAUGGAGAAAUGCAGAGGAACCUGCUUCUUGAGAAGCCCGGCUUGCUGGUCCUCGACGAGGGGCACACACCAAGGAACAAGAAGAGCCUCAUUUGGAAAGUUCUCGCAGAGGUCAGCACCGAAAAGCGGAUAAUCCUGUCAGGGACUCCAUUCCAGAACAACUUCCUAGAGCUGUACAACAUCUUGUGCCUGGUUAAGCCCAAGUUUGCCAAAGAUUUUGCUUGUACAAGACUCAGCAAGAAAGGAGUUGCUUCCACCAGUCAAUCAAGAGCAGCGCCUCAGGUGGAGGAGGAUGAAGGCAAAGAAUUCUGGAGUUCAUUAAGGAUAAGUAACAUCACGGAUGAACACAUCACUGAAAUCCGGGAAAAGCUGGGCCCUUUUGUGCACAUCCAUAAUGGUGACAUUCUUCAGAAGUCUCUUCCAGGAUUGAGAGAAUCUGUUGUGAUCCUAAACCCUCUUCCUCGUCAGAAGGAAAUCAUCGCAAUGAUGGAGGAAAGUGCAGGGAAGGGUUUUCUUGACGCAGAAUACAAGAUAUCUCUUGCGUCCAUACACCCAUUCCUCGUCACAAGCACAAAGCUGUCAGACACAGAAGCCUCUGUUGUGGACAAGAUGAAGAGCGUGCGGCUGAACCCAUGCGAAGGAGUGAAGACAUGGUUCGUUUUUGAGAUCAUCCGUCUUUGCGAAGCACUGAAAGAAAGAGUGCUGGUGUUCAGUCAAUACCUUGAGCCACUGGCCCUGAUCAUGGACCAGCUUACCACAGAGCUAGACUGGACAGAAGGCAAGGAGAUCCUACUCAUGAGUGGAAAUGUGCGUGUUAAACAGCGCGAAGCCUUGAUGGAAGCCUUCAAUGACAUGAACAGUGAGGCUAAGGUGAUGCUUGCAUCAACCAAGGCCUGCUGUGAAGGAAUAACACUGGUCGGUGCAUCGCGUGUGGUUCUCCUUGAUGUCGUCUGGAAUCCUUCUGUUGGACGGCAGGCGAUUGGCCGAGCCUAUAGAAUCGGCCAGGAGAAGAUUGUGUACACAUACAACCUGAUUGCAGAAGGAACAAAGGAGAAGGUCAAAUAUGACAGACAAGCUACCAAGGAUCACAUGUCCAAAUUACUGUUUUCAAAUGAACCGCAACCUACCGGGAGCAAUCUGUCACCAGAACUGAUAUCCAAUGAUAGGAUUUUAGAAAAAAUGGCUGCACGUGAAGAACUUAAAGACAUGUUUGUGCAGAUUCUCCCUUCCCAUUGACUGCAGAAGUUAUAGCUCAAUCUUGGAGGUCUGAUGAUUCUACAUUCCAUCGAUAUCGGAAUCUUCAGAGUCUCCAAAUAAUAACUGGCAUCUUGCUGCCCCUGUGGAAUAGCUGCUCCUAGAACUCUUGUGGUGUUGUGUGUUGUAGGGUACUAGUGGGUUUUCGUCCCGUAGUUUGUCUCUUAAUUGACGAGGAACAGCGGGUUUCCCAUUAGUGUGUCGAACUCGUUUCUUUCCCUUUCUCUCCUUUCUUUCUUUCUGUAAGACUUGGUAUUUCUGAUAUUAUUUGCCUGGUAGUGAACUACUUAUAUAAGUUUAUUUGUAUUA